UUUAUACUACAACAGCCACUAAAAUCAAAUGGCCAACAAACAAAACGUUAACUUCACACAGAGCACAAAAUUGUUCAGUCGUGUUCGUCUAAUCGUCGUGAUAAGUUGUUAAGAAAUCAAAAGAAAUAAAAAGCUAAAUUCACUUCUAACGAGCGCGUCUGACAGAGAAAAAAAAGUAUUGGAAAAUUUUUUUCACAAGAAAAAUUUUCACAAAUCACUUUUGCAAAUAAUUUCAAACCCAAAAAAAGAAAAGAAAAAAAUAUAAGAAAAACCCCAAAAAAAUUAAUAGUAAAAUUAAAAGUUUUUUUUGGACUCCUAAAAGCACAAGAAAUUUUCCAAUUUUUUUCCCCUUUCAACGAAGUAAUAAUAAUUAAAUAAUUAAUAAUAAAGCUGUUAUAAAAGAGAAGAAAAAAUUAUAAGAAAAUAACGUUUUCGUUGAGCAGAAAUUGAAACGUUUCCUUAUGAUCGGCUCAUUUUGGAAUUUGUGUAGAGCGUGCCCAUCAAUGCCGGUUGACAAGCAGCUCCAUUCGGAGUAUAGGAGCACUUAUCGUUGGCAUGAGUUUACUGGUAAUUCAAGGCCAGAAGUGGUACGACGCGCCCCAGCGCCAAAUCCAAGUCAAUUUGUGGGUCCCACAAAUGAACCACCAUUGCCACGUAGAAAAAAGUGUCCAGAAUUAGCGUAUAAAUCGCAUGAAUUUAUUAUAGGUUCCGAAUAUACAGAUGCACGUAACAAUGCUGCAAAUCGUAUGGCCAGGUCUGAAGAACGUAAUGGUACACCUUCACGGCGCAGCAAAUCAGAGGGUCCCCCAGCCGUGCCCAAUGGUCGGGCUUAUGCAAUUCCCACGGAAGUUGAUGGACCGGAAACCAAACAGGCGGGUGAGUCGAAUAAUGGCUUAUUCAAAAAGACCAUCUCAAAAUUGAGCACAGAGUAUCGUUUGCAAUUCGUUUGGCCCAAUGUUCGUAGAAUAAGAGAUCAAACUGGGUCAAACGUACAAAAAACAACAGCCAAAGAACAGCAACAACAACCGAAAAAAUCAAUAUCAUUAGGUGCGAUUAGGGGUCAACAGCACCAUCCGCUCAAUGAUCGAUGUACGGCUGCGAUGCCAACCGUUCAUAAAAAACGUACAACAAAUCAAAAAGAAGCAACACUACAUGAGUUGGAGCCGCUGGUUAGCGAUGCUGAAGAUAGAAAACCCAUUGAAAAACAAGUAACUAUACAAGAGAAAAAGGUCACCACACGACCCUUCUCCCAACUGAUUGAUCAAGAGCGAGCCAAUCAUUUCAUCACCAAGAAGGAAAAUUUCGGUUUCGCUGAUAUAACCGAAGCAGACAAUAAGCAACAGCAUGCAAAACUGCAAGAACAGCAACAGGGUGGUGAGAUCAUUAUGAAUGGCUCGGCCCCACCCUAUUCGAAACCAAAUUUGGAUUUAUGGUUUAAAGAGGUAGUAGAAAUGCGCAAAAAGGCUGGAGAAUACAAGAGCCGAGGAUGGGGCAAGGAAAUUGAUCCUGAAUUGUAUAAGAAACAACAGGAACUCUGGGAUCAGGUCUCGAAACGUAGUUCAUUGUCUUCACUAUGUUUGGCCUCAACUGUGCCAAGGCCCAUAACUAAGGAAGAAAAAGAAGAGGAGAAUAAUAAGAAAACCGCUCCCAUAUUAAAAACUUAUAAACCUCGAGUUCCUGGUCAGGCUUACUUUUUGGAAAAUUUAACUAAAGACGAAUUAAAUGCACUGCCAGCACGAUUUAGUCAUAUACGUCAUCAUUUGGAACGUACCACAGGACCAGAUGUUGAGGAAGGCGCCUUAUUGCCAUCACCCACACGCGAAAAAUUAAUGCCAGCCAUUACUAAACGCGAAUCAGAAUCACAAAGGGGUAGUCCUAAGAAAACCGCCGCCUCACGUCAUGGCUCACCACAAAAGGGUAGUCCCCAAAAGGGCAGUCCCAAAAAGGUUCUCAAAUUACGCUCACAAUCGGUUGGUCCAGAACAUGAAUCGCCUAAACGUCAGUUACGUUCUGCUAGUACAGCACCCUACAAUCGAACGGCUGGCAAGAAAACUCCUACAACAGCUACCCAAGGAACGACUGAGCGUAAGCCACGACCAUCUACCCUAUCCACAACAUUUCAUUCCCGUACGAAAAGUAGUUCAUUACCUCCUCCUAGUGGUAGGGCUCAUACAAUUGCUGCUGCUACUGCUAGUCAUGCUGCUGCUAAUGCAAAUCAAAUGCAUUUGUCAAACAAAUCACCGCAACCGCCUCAAAUGCGCAAAAGUGACAAAGACAAAACCAAUGCCGCUAAGCCACGUUCAAAAACGUCAGCAGCUAAAUCAUCAUCUUAUCCUUCACAUCCUCCAUCAAACGUUAUGACAAGCUCAAAAAUAUUGGUAAAUGGUCAUGAUGCUCAUCAUAAGGAUGUUGUUGAUGUUGACGAUAAUGAGCAUGAUAAUGAUAAAAUUAUUAUUAGAGCUGGCAAGAAAGCUAAUUUAUUGGCUUUAGAUCAUUUAGCUGUGCCAGGUCGUGAUAAGAAAUUGAUCGAAAAUGAUACCGAAGAUGGCCGUGAUACUGCCAUAUCUGUAUCCAGUUGCAGUCCCCAACCAGUGGCUGAGGUUCCCGAAGAACCCAUUGUUAAAUCGCCACCCGAACCUACUCGUGUCAAGAGUCCCGAACAAAUAAUUAUGCGUUCACCAGAUCCCGUUAACUGGACUGUACCCUUGGAUACAGGGAAAACAUUUACCGUAACACAAAACGUCAAAGAAGGUGAAAAUUAUAGUAGACCACAAAGUGAAAUAAAAGCUUCUACCCCUGUAGAAAAGCCACCACCACCACCCCAGUCGGCUCCUCCCGAAUUGACUGAACAAGUCAAAAUGGACGGUAAGCUUUAAAGCACGCUUGUUCUUCGUAACAUCCAUAUCCAAUAAAAAACCAAAAAAAAAAACAAAAAA